GCCGGGGCCGUGAGCGAGCGCGGUGCCCUCAGUGCUGCAGCGAGAGCCCCGUCAGGGUGACAGCUCUGAAACCCCAUGGAAAUCCAGAAAUGCUGCCGAAAUGUCUCCUUGUCCCUCUUCCCUGCCGUGCUUUCCCCAUUAAAUACAACAGCGGCCGUGCCUUUGAGCGGCAGGACACGGAGGCGGACCCAGCCCGUCCCGGCGCCAUGGGCUCCAAGCAGAUCGCCCAGGAGACGUUCGACGAGGCGGUGCAGGAGAACAUCACCGAGUUCGAGAUGGAGCCCGAGGAGGCUGUGAGAGAAGCCGUGCUGCAGUUCGAGUCCCAAGGUGUGGACCUGAGCAAUAUUGUGAAAGCUGUGAGACCUCCUGCCUCUGAGAACGGGCAGAGGCAAAAGCAUCAGAUCCUGCUGACCCUGGAGAGCCUGGCCAGGGCCGUGGCAGAGCAGGACGUGGCCCAGCUGCCCCAGCAGCUCCUGUCCCUGGCGGCGCAGUGCAAGGAGCAGCUCGCCUUCCGCUGCCUGGCCGGCCGCAACGGCGCCUACCCCGCCGUGCUCUCGGCCUGCCAGCUGGCUGCGGGGGACAGGGAGCUGCUGCUGCAGGCCCUCUGCACGCUGGCCGCCCUGCUGGACGGACAGCCGGACCUGCUGGACGCGGCGGGGCGGGAGCUGCUGCUGCGCAGCCUGCGGGAGCGGCGCGAGGACGCCGAGGUGACGCUGGCCGGGAUCCGCUGCGUGCGCCACGCCUGCCUCAAGCACGAGCACAACAGGCAGGCCUUCGUCAAGGGGGGCGUCCUCCCUGUGCUCACCGGGGCCAUCACGCAGCACGGCAGCGCUGCCGAGCUGGUCAGGAUGGCGGCCUCGGCCCUCAGGGUCAUGACGUUCGACGAUGACAUCCGCGUGCCCUUCGGUCACGCCCACGACCACGCCAAGAUGAUCGUGCUGGAGAACGAUGGCUUGAGAGUCCUCAUCGAGGCUGCAAAAGCCUUCACAGAUAACUCCGGCGUUCUCAGCGAGCUCUGUGCCACCCUCUCUCGCCUCUCCGUCAGGAAUGAGUUCUGCCAGGAAAUCGUGGACCUGGGGGGCUUAAAUUUCAUGGUGACUCUGCUGGCUGACUGCAUGGAGCACCCUGACGUGGUGAAGCAGGUGCUCAGCGCCAUCCGCGCCGUGGCCGGCAACGACGACGUCAAGGACGCCAUCGUGGACGCCGGGGCCACCGAGCUCAUCGUGCUGGCCAUCAGCCACCACCUGGGCAACCCUCAGAUCUGUGAGCAGGGCUGCGCAGCCCUGUGCAUGCUGGCCCUGCGCAAGCCCGAGAACUGCAGCGUCAUCAUGGAGGGCGGCGGGGCCCUGGCAGCCCUGCAGGCCAUGAAGGCUCACCCACGGGAGGUGGCUGUGCAGAAGCAGGCGUGCAUGCUGAUCCGGAACCUGGUGUCGCGCAGCCGGGAGCUCUGCGGGCCCAUCCUGGCCCUGGGCGCCGAGGUGCUGAUCGCCGAGGCGCGCGCCGCCCACCGCGACUGCGACGACGUGGCCAGGGCCGCGCUCAGGGACCUGGGCUGCAAGGUGGAGCUGCGGGAGCUCUGGACGGGCCAGAAGGGCAGCCUGGCUCAGUGAAGCCUCCUGCCAGCCCAGCAGGGAAAGGUGCAGAGUGUCUGAGCCCCUGGAGCCUGGCGGGAGGCGGCGUUGGAUGGUUCUGCCCGGCGGAGCAAACCCAGCCUGGGGAGGCUGCAGGGAACUGUGACCCGGGGAGCUGCAGCUGAAAUGGCUUUCUGCAUUCACAGCUCUGUGUAGUGAUCAUUGCCUGGAUCAUCUCAUGGCUGAGGAUGAUCUGCUCCCCGCAGCGAGCAGCACGGGGCUGUUGUCACUGCUCUGAUGCCCUGCUGACAGCAGGGCUGGCUCUGUCCUGCCCGGUUUGGCUGCUGGUUCCCAUUUGUGCCCCUGCUCGGGGGCUGCCUGAGGAGGACGCCCAGCAUUUGUGAAUGUGCUCUCUCUGUCCCGUCGCCCUGUUCUUUUACUGCUGACCCCACUCUUGUGUCGCUGCUUUGUUUGGGAUUUUUCCGCCAGCGUAACGUUUUAAACAAAAACAAAAAAAAAACACCAAAAAAAACAAACAAAAAAAAAAAAAAAAAAAAAAAGAAAAAAAAGGCAAAGUAAGGAUUUGGGAUAACACCCAAAGGAACUGUUGGCAUCCAGGAGGAAAGUUCACGUUCUCCCUCAGUGAGAGGAGCAGGGCAGGGACUGGCAGUGGGGUGGGAGUUCCAGCGCGUGACCAAGCAGGCGCUGGUGCCACUGGGAAUGCCAGGCUUUGUCCCCUCCUGGCACUGCCCUGGACCCAGGAAUGCUUUCAUUGCAGUGAGCGGGCCGAGCCCCUCAGGGACUGAGGCACAGCUGUGGGUUUGUGGGCCAGAAAUGCUCUGGAGUCUCAGCUCAAGGCUCCGGUGCUGCGCCCUCGUCCUGCGCCGCUGCCGCUUUUGUGAGUGGAUGUGUUUCAUGUGAUACUCUCUGUAAAAACGGCGACCUUAUAAAACACACAAACCUUCCG